AACAGCACUCAUCACUGCUUAAAGUCUAAAUUAGAAAUGACCAAAGAUGGAGUGCUGCUUAUGAAAACAAGAAUUUCAGAGAAAAACAAAAACUAUACCAUUAUGUAUUUUCCAUGCAAUAUUAUUGUUCAUUAAGCCCCAACUUAAUGUAAAAAAAUAUAUCCAUUUAGCCUUAAAAAGCCCUGGCAGCAUCUAUUUACAUCAAAUAUGUCACAUAAUGUUUAAACUAAACUCUAAAUCUGUGCAGAUUGUUUAUCAGCUGUAAGCUUGACCCUACUGGCUGUUGCUUUAACAGCAGCAGACCGGGUCUAAAUCCAGCCUCUUUCAGCCUCCAAAGUAAAAUCACAUGAUAUUUUGUGUCAUAUGACACCGAUGAGAGGACCUGAGAACUAAWACCUCCUCUGUACUCAGCCACUUGUCUGGGAUGAGAUGCUGCAGACAAACAGUGCUGGCUGGAAGCAGGAUCUGCAGGGUCUGUAGGAUGGACUGUUGGGCAGUUUUUCCUGCCAUUGCUGCCACUUGUUUUAUUGGCCUGGUGGUGAGUCAGACCACUCCUACACCUACUCCCGCUGCAGUCAGCACCACUCUCGUUCAGGACACCACCAGUCUGACUCCAACACCCGUGAUUUUCAGCAGCACGACCUCGGGCUGCUCCGCUUUUAACAUUUCUGCUUGUGAGCCGUGCGCGCCAGGAUCCCAGUACGACAACAACACACUGCUGUGCACAUGUUGUUCUGAUCCCGGGCUGUGURUAUUUCCUGGAGCUUGUCUGUCGUGCCAAAAGGGGUUUUAUCAGUCGCUGUCAGGACAGCAGCAGUGUCUGCCCUGCAGUCAGGGUUUCUACAGCAAUUUCACUGGAAGUCCGUUAUGUCRGCCCUGUCCUGCCGGAUCCUUCAACAACAACACUGGCGCAGAAAGUUGCACGAGUUGUUCUCCAGGUUUCUUUGCCUCAAAGCAAAGCUCUACUUCCUGUUCACCGUGUGCGCAAGGAAGUUUCUGCAAUUCUUCUGCUUGUGCACAGUGUCAGCUGUGCCCUGCAGGAUCAGAGGCCCUGCAGUCUGCUGCUAAAGACUGCACACCAUGUCGACCAGGCAUGCACAAAACCCCCCAUCAGACACUGUGCCAGAUCUGCAGCAUUGGCUUCUACCAGACCAAGUGGGGCCAGGAAAGCUGCGAUGUUUGCCCAGAGGACCACUACUGCCCCAGCCCUGACGUGAACCCCAUCCAGUGUCCAAACGACGCUUUCUGUCCGAAGGGCAGCACGUCUCCAGGCUACUGCAUGGAGACUUUCUUCCGCAAAGCAGGAAACACCUGCGAACUGGCACCUGUCACCAUCGCUCUGUUAGUUAUCGGAGGAGGGGUGGCCUUACUCUUUAUCAUUUUAYUGGUCCUGCGUCGACGGAGGGACACGGACAGAGAGCUGACGGUGGCACGAGCACCUCUGCUGCGCAAAGAGCGACCUCAGGGUCGAUACUACGGCCUGCCCUGUGACACAGAGCCUGUGUACGCUGGCUGGUGAAACUCCAAAACAACAAAAACUCAAAAAAGAGGACUAACAGUAAAAUGCUACACGUCUGCCUUUGGAGCACUUUCACGACUCACCUGUUUUUAAAAAGUCGUAUUUGGAAAUAUAACUGACAAAAAGAGUCCAGUUUGAGCAAUUCUUGUAUAUUUUCAGAGAUGAAAGCUAUCUGAACUGUUAAAAACCAAAAAGACUCAUCUUGGUUAAAAAGUCUCUUUUGAAAAGCACUUUUACUUUGUGUAAAAUUCUCUUGUAGAUUAAUAAAUAAUGUUUGAGUUUAGUGAGAUUUAUUUUGCAUUCAAGUGCAUCAGUUAACAGCUUAGUAAAUACUGUGUAAAUAGUAAUCAGUGCCUUUUGUUUUUAGUCCGUGUAUGUUUGUAGUUUUCAAGAAACCUUUGCUUAAUGCAGUUCAUCUGCUUUUUUGAUGUCACAUUUAUAUGUUUUACAAGAAAAUAAAUAAAAAGUAAGAAAUACAUUUAA